CUUGUGGCGCGUUUUCGUAGUAGCGGAAAUUUAUUGUUUCAGUGCUCACCUACGACCCUGAAACAAAAAUGGGGAGGCUGAAUUUUUAUGUCCUGUGGUCCGUGCGUGACGCUCCCCGUCAGUUUAUCAGCAAAUCCAACCGAAGGUGCUUUCAAGUCCACAUCCCGCUGCCUCUGCCCAAACAGCUGGUCAUCUUUGGUCUUGGAGAGUGGAAAGGCAGCGAUACAACGAUAUCAGUCGAGGUUUUGGUCAGUGCAGAGGUACAGGCCCAGAGAAUUGGGACUCUGUCAUCUCAAGCAAGGUGCCUGACUUGGGAGGGUGAUUGGAGCACGGACAUCGUCUCAGUAGCAGCAGAGAGAGGCAGGAGAGGGGUUUAUGGCAAGAUUGUGCUCACAGUGUGUGGAGAGGAUAAAAGCAGUGUCUUCAGCAGUACUCCUCUGGUUCAAAGGAAAUGUCUGUUCCCAGAACAGCACAAUGCAACUGAUCUCUGCAGCACAUUACACCAAAGUGCUGAAAAUGAAACUAUUACCCCCAACUCCUCACACUUGGGUGACAGUGUUUGCUUUGCUGAGAUCCAAGUGAAUAAAAUUGACACCAGUGAUUCCACUGUGGGACAUAAAGGCCCAAUCUGGCCGACGGACAAGACACCCAGGCGGACAGUUAUCAGUAAGAGAGGUCACCUGACAUGGAGCUCUGAGGACAUGGACAGUCUCACUGAGGACAUAGACCAGGCUUCAACCCCCAAGAAAAAGAGGCUGUCCAGGAUGAACAGCCAAGAAGAAAUAACAGUGCAGAUAAAGAAUGAGAACAGAGACGUUUCAGCAUGUCCAUCGAAGCGAUGGAGCCAUACAAUGUGUCUGAGUGACCCCGACACUGCCAUCCUCAUCGGAGGGGAGACAGCAGAUCAGAACUACUGCAAGGACUCCCUGUGGAAGCUUGAGCUAGACAGUGACUUCUGGUUCCCCAUGAACUCCUCUGCUUCUGAACCUGUCCCGCUGUGUUCCAGAGGACACUCUGCAACAUAUGACCCAGACUCCAAGUCAGUCUUUGUUUACGGAGGCCUGAGGGAGUCUCAGCGCUACAGCGAGCUGUACAUCCUUAAUACUCUGACCUGGAAGUGGAAGCUUGUCACUGCAAAAGGGAAUGUUCCAGCUUUGGCGUAUCACUCUGCAGCAUUUUAUAAGAAAGAGCUUUUUGUCUUUGGGGGAGUCCAGCCGGGCCAUUCUUCUGCAGAUAAAUCCUGCAGUAAUGCUUUGUACAUCUUCAACCCAGAGUUUGAACUCUGGUACCAACCCAUUGUGGAGGGGGACAGACCUCUGCCUCGGUUCGGGCAUUCAGCCACACUUCUCUCACAGAGGCUAAUAAUAUUUGGUGGCCGGAAGACUGCAGCCUACCUUAAUGAUCUCCACGUUCUAGAUCUGGGAUUCAUGGAGUACACAGCUGUGAAGUGUGGGAACAUGCCACCGCUGCCUCGAGGGUUUCAUGCGGCGCUUCCAGUUUCAGACAACAGGAUUUUAGUCAGUGGGGGCUGUAGUGCAAUCGGGGCCCUACAAGAUGUACACAUCUUCAACACUGAUACCAACAUGUGGAGUUCAGUGGCAUCUCCCAUGCUUUGCUCCAAGCCUCGUGCCGGACACAGUAUGAUAAGUUUGGGCUGCUCCAUCCUAACAGACACCGAGAAGCAUGAACAGGGUGAAAAUGUCAAAGUCCACUGCACACUGCUGGUGUUUGGUGGGUCAGACUGCUCUGGUACCUUCUACAACGACACAGUCAAGUGCACAGUGGAGGUUCCUGGUGACAAGUGAUGGAUUCAUCAGGGAAAUAAACCCAAGCAGGACAGUUGUUUUUCUAAUCUUUAAACAGUGGAGGAUGAUCUCCAAGUGUAUUUGCCUAACAUUUAUUUUUCUACUUGUCUGUUUUUCUUUACAUGUAAUUCUAAUGAUGUAUUUGAAGGCUUAGACUUUACUGUAGCAUCCUUUUUAUUCUUUCAUUUCCGUCUCCACAAUAACCAUCCAUACUUCCACCAUGCAGCUAGUAUGCUGUGCUUUGAAUAACAAAUCUUGGAUCUGCAUGUUUUACACAUUACUUAAUGUCCUUCACC